AUGAAUGGAACGUGUCGUAAACUACCAAGAAACAAAGCCACAACUUUCGUUAUAGAUCCAAUUCCUAAAGCCAUAUUCGAUCUACAUCAUACUAUCGUCUUCUCAAAGCAGACGGCACCAGCUGAUGGGAUACGAGCGAUUCGAAAGGAGGGCAAAGAUGCUAUAGGGUACAUUACGCAUAAGAUUUACAAUCAUUUCUCGAAAUAUGAAACCAAAAAUGAUCCUGAUCUUGUUUAUACACAUUUUCUUCAAUUAUCACAAUGCUAUGAGUCGAUGUCUACCAACAAUAAAGUUGUUGUUUUCACUGAUGAUUUAUCAGUACGGAAAGCGUUCUAUGGACUUCUAUAUAAUUCCACACGAACUGGUCUCAUAGCGGAUUCGAAGACAAUGCAGGUCAUGGGUGUACUGUCAAUUACUGAUUUUACCAUGAUGCUUAUGAUGUUGUGGAAAUUCCGUGAGAAUAUAGAGGAAAUGAAGGGGAAACCGAUAACGUAUGACGAGUUCAAAGGAAUGGACAUAGCAAAUAUCAAGAUAAGCCGAUGGAAAGAGUUGCUCCGAAGGAAAGGAAUGCAGAGGGAUUUUAUUAGCAUCAAUUCAAAUCAAAGAUACUGUCGGGGUGGUCCUCUUCAAAGUUAUAUUAUUUGUUUCGGAGAAACUGGUUAUAAAUCUCAUACAAGUUAUUAUGCAACAGUUAAACUGCCCUACGAAACGAAAGAUUGCUCGGGAGAGAGGGAUAGAACUCUCCCAUUUAAAGACGUGUGCUCUUGUCUUUCACGACCCGAUUACAUGUAUGAAAAAGUAUCUGAUCUCAAAGUCGGGACAUAUACGGGUAUACAUUAUGCCACCCAAGAAAUGAGGCUUCUGGAUGUGUUAGAUAUGAUUAUAGACAAUAGCAUUAGCGGUGUACCUAUUGUGGAUGAAUCAACGAUGAAAGGUGAUCGUGAUGGUGUAGUGACUGCACCGGAGGACGUCAAGGUAUUAGAUUUGGUCGAAACGUUCGUCGAGAAGAACGUACAACGUGUGUUUCUCGUCGACGAUUGCUUCAGGUUGAAGGCUUUGGUCUCCCUCACCGAUCUGAUCGUUUACAUGGUACUACGACCAGCUGUCGCUCUUCAGAGCACGAAAUUGUCCUAG